CGAAAUGGCAGGAGCGGUGGGUGCCCUCCCAGAAUCGAGACAACUACGGGAAGUUCAGGCUGACGGCAGGGGCGUUUUAUGGCGACCGAGAGCUCGACAAAGAUUCAAGCCUCAACUGACUUCUAACACUGUCUUCUGUACUCAAACAGACUCAAGCCUCAACUGACUUCUAACUCCUAACACUGUCUUCUGUACUCAAACAGACUGAAGCCUCAACUGUCUUCUAACUGCUAACACUGUCCAUUCUUCUAUUUUGUGUAUCGUUGGAAUGUUUAAGUUUCUGUCAAAUAUGUUGUGUUGUUGUUUCGGGCUUGUCCCUGUUGUGAGCCGCCCCGAAUCCCUUCGGGGAGAUGGGGCGGGAUAUAAAAAUAAAGUUUAUUAUUAUUAUUAUUUGCUCAAACAGACUCAAGCCUCAACUGACUUCUAAAUCCUAACACUGUCUUCUGUACUAAAACAGACUCAAGCCUCAACAGUCUUCUAACUGCUAAUACUGGCUUCUGUACUCAAAUAGACUGAAGCCUCAAUUGUGUUCUAACUCGUAACACUGUACUCAAACAGACUCGAGCCUCAACUGACUUCUGACUCCUCUAACACUGGCUUCUGUACUCAAACAGACUCAAGCCUCAACUGUCUUCUAACUCUUCACACUGGCUUCUGUACAAACAAACUCAAGCCUCAACUGUCUUCUAACUUCUAACACUGGCUUCUGUACUCAAACAGACUCAAGCCUCAACUGACUUCUAACUCCUGUCUUCUGUACUAAAACAGACUCAAGCCUCAACUGUCUUCUAACUGCUAACACUGGCUUCUGUACUCAAACAGACUCCAGCCUCAACUGACUCCUCUAACACUCUUCGCUAUGACCCCUAGGCCUGCAGACCAGCGAGAACCUCAAGUUCUAUGCCAUCUCGGCCCGCUUCCAGCCGUUCAGCAACGCCGGGCGGCCCCUGGUCCUGCAAUACACGGUGAAGCAUGAGCAGAAGAUGGACUGUGGCGGCGGAUACGUCAAGCUCUUCCCGGCGGAUCUGGACCAGAGGAACAUGAGCAGCGCCUCCCCCUACUACGUCAUGUUCGGUGAGCAAAGGCCGGCCUUCCGCCCCAGGAGGCGCCCAGCUUUUGAGGCCAGGGAGCCAACUCUCCCCUCUUUCCCAGGUCCGGACAUCUGCAGCUCCGACAUUCGCAAAGUCCACGUCAUUUUGAGGCACAAGGACAAGCUUUACCCCAUUAAGAGAGAGAUCCGCUGCAAAGUGGACGGGUUCACGCACCUGUACACGCUGAUCCUGAGGCCGGACCACACCUACCAGGUGAAGAUUGACAACGCCCGCGUGGCCUCGGGGCUCCUGGAGGACGACUGGGCCUUCCUCCCUCCCAGGACCAUCAACGACCCGCGGGUGGAGAAGCCGCGCGACUGGGACGACCGGCCCGAAGUGGACGACCCGGACGACACCAAGCCCGAGGACUGGGACGUGUCGGAGUUCAUCCUGGACACCAGCGCCGAGCGUCCGGCGGAUUGGGACGAAGGCCGGCAGGGGCGGUGGCAGCCCCCGCUCCUCCAGAACCCCCUCUACCGGGGGGAGUGGAAGCCCCGGCGGAUCCCGAACCCCAAGUUCCGCGGCGCUUGGCCCCACCCGCAGGUCGCCAACCCAGCCUUCGCUCCGGACGCAAGCCUGGCCAUCUACCGAGACAUCGGGGCCAUCGGGCUGGACCUUUGGCAGGUCAGGUCCGGCACCAUUUUCGACAACUUCUUAAUCGCCGAUGAUGAAGAAUACGCCGAAGAAUUUGGAGAGGACACUUGGGGGGAGACCAAGGACCCUGAACAGGAGAUGAACAAGCAGCAGAUCGAGGAGGAGAGGAGGAAGGAGCAGAUGGAGGAAGAGCGGAAGAGGGAGGAGAGGAAGGCAGCCAAGAAGGAGAAGAAGGAGAAGGAGAAAAAGAAGAAGAAGAAGAAAAAGAAGAAGGAAGGAAAGGCCCCAAGGGAGGAACUCUGAGGCGGCGUCUGCACUGCCAUUCCGUCCAGUUUCUGAAUCCCGAUGGUUGUCUGCUUUGAGCUGGGUUCUGGACUUCAACUCUCACAAUUCCUAACAGCUGGUAUUAUAAGAUAUUGUUAUACAUUUUAUAUUUAUUACACUACUAUAUUUUUGAUAUUAUAUUAUUAUUAUAUUUUAUUAUUAUAUUACUAUUUUUGAUAUAUUAUUAUAUUACUAUUUUUGUUAUAUUUUAUUAUUCUUACUAUAUUUUUGAUAUUUUAUUAUAUUUUAUUAUUAUAUUGCUAUUUUUGAUAUUAUAUUAUUAUAUUACUAUUUUUGUUAUAUUAUUUUAUUAUUUUGUUAUAUUAUUAUAUUUAUUAUAUUUUAUUACUAUUUUGUAAUAGUAUUAUUUUUUUAUUAUUACAUUACUAUAUUUUUGAUAUUAUAUUAUUAUUAUAUUAUAUUAUUAUUUUUGUUAUAUUAUUAUAUUUUAUUAUAUUAUUAUAUUUUAAUAAUUAUAUUUUAUUAUUUUUGUUAUUAUAUUAUAAUAUUUUAUUACUAUUUUUGUUAUAUUAUUAUUAUAUUUUAUUAUUAUUACAUUACUAUAUUUUUGAUAUUAUAUUAUUAUAUUUUAUUAUAUUACUAUUUUUGAUAUUAUAUUAUUAUAUUAUAUUGUUAUAAUACUAUUUUUGUUAUAUUAUUAUUAUUGUUAUAUUUUAUUAUAUUACUAUAUUUUAUUAUAUAAUUAUAAUUACAUUUUAUUAUUUUGGUUACAUUAUUAUAUUUAUUAUAUUUUAUUACUAUUUUUGUUAUAUUAUUAUUAUUAUUAUAUUUUAUUAUUAUUACAUUACUCUAUUUAUUGUUAUAUUAUUAUAUUAUUAUUAUUUUGCUAUAUUUUUUGUUAUCAUAUAACUAUAUUAUUUGAUAUAAUUAUAUUUUAUUAUAUUGUUAUUCUAUUUAUUAUGUUAUUAUGAUAAUAUUAUGAUUUUAUUCGGCGUUGUGAGAGUUGGAGUCCAAAACACUGGUCUACACGGUGAGAUAACCCAGUUCUAAUCAGAUGCAGAAACCGGAUCCUUCAAUAGCAUCGAUAGACCUGGCUUAUGUUCUAAGAUUAAGUUUUAAUAAAUGAGGAUUUAUUCUCAAAUUGA